AUGGGCGGCGAAUCGGAAGCCGAGCUGUACAAAGAUCUGUUAGGUCGAGACAGUGCAUGGGAGACAAUUACAAACAGGGAAGGCAAUGAGGACGAGCAUAGCUCUGGGCUCGUCAGCGACGAUAACGACGAGCACUACUACACGCCGGUCGAGGACGAGCACCCAUCGGAAGCACGUCAGAAUACUGGUUCCGCUGGUGGUGAUCAUGGCAAAAAGCUCCUGAGGAAACGCGGUGCCUACGAGGCUGGUGAUGCGAACGAACGCGAAGACGAUGAUGUCGCCUCAAGACGGGCUAGCACGAUGAUGGCUGGGUCAGUCGGACGACAAGACAGUGUUGAAGGGAACCAGAAGCGGGUGGCCAGAAGUCCUUGCUUGGCUCUGUCGAAAGCGAAGGCAAGGACGGUGAACAGACAUUCGAACUCUUCACCAAGCGCAUCGUCCGAGGCCGACUGGUCGCGGCGUCAUAGGCCGGGUGAUAGAUUGUACGGCCGAUUUACGACACUCAGCCCGUCUCCGGGACAGCACGCAGGCGACGAUGAGAGCGGCGGUUCAAGACGCUGUGAAGGCGUCGAAGUUGGACCAAGAGCGACUACGCCUGUCCACCAGUCGACGACGCGACCCACCGUGCUCUCAGUGCCAAACCCAGACGGCAAACAAGCCAUGUCAAGUGCCAGGAGCGAAAUCAGGGGCUCACCGCCCCAGGUAGAGAUCUGCAGCGACGACGACGGAUGCCAAGAUGCCUGCUCGUCGUUGGCGAACGUGUCGCCGUCGCUGUAUUCCUCCGAUCUGAGUCCCGACACCGUAAAUAACCAUGGUGCAACGCUCGUGCAAAAACUCGCGAGGCGGAAGAAGCGUGUUACUUUCCACAUCGACAACGACAGCAGCGACGCCGCCGCGGCCGGCGACGUCGACGACGACGACGAUAAAGAAGAAGAAGAGUGCCAGCGCGUCUCGUCUCUCACCGGCGGCAUACAGAGACUCUUUCCUCUUGCUGGUGGCAUUGUGCAAUCCAAGCCCACAAGCUCGAGGUAUAGGACUGCGCGCUUCGAUUCCGAACAGAGCCGAGACGGCGCCCUUGCGCCUUUGUGUUCUUCGGACUCUUCUGAGACGGAAGCCGAUCACGGUCCUCGCGCGACGCGGCCUCUCAACUACAGGUCAAGCCUGGAGAGUAUGUUGACGCUCAUGGCCCCUGAGUUGGGCAUGGUCGAGUGCGAGCUGGAUCGCGAAGUUGGCCUUGCCGAUGAAGAGGGUGGCUUUUGCACUGGUUCGAGCUGUCAAGGUCGUUCGAAAGCCGGGCAUGUCAACAGCUAUCUGCAGCAGCCAACCGCGCGGAAGGUGGCACCCGUGGAGACGCAUGUUGCUGUUGAAAAUCCCCCCCAAUUCCCACGCUUGAGGUCGACAAGGGCCUGGUGGCAGAAGUACGGGCGGAACAUGGCUCUACGGGCGCAUUACGAACUGAAAUUGACGACUCGUCACCAGACCAGAAACCCGCCCGAUUGUAGUUCUUCUCAGUCUUCUCGAUGGGCAAGUGAAAGAACCAGCAAGCCGUCGAACCGCUUGGGAGGUCCUGCAAGGCCACUUGUUGAACCAACUCGGGCCAGAGGAGCUACGAGCGGUUCUGAAUAUCCUCCAAACCUCGAGAGGAACAGUGUAGACGCGUCUCAGCCAACUGAAGUCGUGCUCAUCAACACCAGCUCUCGCUCCGCAGAGAACAAUAGAACGCUCAGAUCCGGCUUGUCGUUGCGGUCAGAUCCAAAUCCAGCCUUGCCGAUGGAUGCGAAAACGGCGGUAGGAAACAGAGGCCAGAUCCUUGACGCGGUCGCGGCCUCGCGCUCCUCGUCAAGCUCUACGAAAUCGCAAAACUUCUCUCGGCCGUUUAGGCAGCCUGGCCAGCCAUCUGUGAACGGGGCCUGUUCGGGCGCCUCAACAAUCAAGGGAGGCGCCGUCACGAGCGGCGAGGCCGCGCCGACUGCACCGGCGCCCAGGUCUAUCGCGUCGUCGCACCACCGCCCUUUCCGGCCCUCUUACUCCGAGUCGUCCCGGCUGCAGCUGUCCCGGCACCACGCGUGGACGAUCCGCGAACGGAUGCUGGUCCAGGCGCGACGGGGUUCGGCGUCGCGGCGACGCCGUGUGUCAAGACAGCGUCUGCCCGACGACGCAACGGUCAGCCUCGACGCUGCCUGCACGUACUGGAACGCGCAGGUGCGACUGCUCCAGAGGCUCGACAAGACGUGCAAAAGGACGCCCGUGAGAACCGCCCUGCCGCCAUCGCCGUGCUCUUCCUGCACUGGAUUCCCCGACGCGUUCGAAUACAGACAGACGACCUGGUCUCGAGUCGAGCGGGCCUUCAGCGGGCUGUGCCACUUCCUGUCCCGGUUUCCGUCCCCCAAGUCAUGCCUCGGACAACCGGCAAACCAAACCGCGUUGGUGAAGUAUCCCCGAGCCUUGGGCGGGUCAUAUUCACGCGCGCAAGACUGGACUCGAAGAACGGACGAAGUUGCACGCGUCCGGUUUCGAGGCAAUCAAGACAUUGACGUCGAAAGCAAGUCGGAUUUGAGGAUCACGUAUCCGGAGUGA